AUGCCCAACCCCUCAUCUUGUUCUUGCUGCAAAAGCACAUGGAGAUGCCUCAGGGACUACUUAUCUUCUGCAAGACAGAGAAGUGGAAGGCCUUCAAUUCCUGAAGAUGAUAAAUGGUAUAGAGCUCCCAUUAUUCCUGAUGCCAUUGUCUUCAAUGUUGGUGAUCAACUUGAGAUAAUGACCAAUGGCAUAUACAAGAGCCCAAUGCACAGGGUUGUGACAAACAAAGAGAGAGAAAGGAUCACUGCUGCUUUUUUCUUUGCUCCUGAUCCAACAAGUGUGGUUGAACCAGCAGAGGGUUUGAUUGAUGAGAAAAGGCCAAGGCUCUACAAGAAAGUUGUGGAUUACACUGCUAAUUGUUUUGAGUUAUUCCAGAAGGGGAAGAGGCCAAUUGAUGCUUUGAGAAUUUGA